UCGAGUUUCAACGCGUCACACUGCAAGCCUAUAUCUCUCCCGCAUAGAGCAAAGGUAUCCACCAUAUAUCUUCACACUAAAUUUCUUCUCCCCUAAGUACAACCCAGACCCUAGACAUGGCGGAGUAGAAUGAGUAGAUAAGGGAAGAGGAGGCAAUGGCAAUCAAGAAUCUCCCUGAGGUUCUCAUCGUGGACAUACUUUCAAGGCUUCCGGUCAAGUCUCUUUUAAGGUUCAGCUGCGUAUGCAAAUCCUGGUGUGCUCUUAUAGUAAAAGAUCCUGUGUUCAUCAAAUUACACCUCAGCCGAUCACUUGCAAGCAAUAGCAAUCUCAGCCUCAUUUUCUCAGGCUCUCGUCUCUCCUCUGUCGAAUUCGAUGUUUGCGAACAGCAGGAGGUGGAUCAGGUAGAACUCGAUCAUCCUCUCAAGUCUCCACGGUACAGAAUUGAAGUAUUGGGUUCUUGCAACGGCUUACUCUGUAUAUCCAGAAGUUAUGUGGGGAACGUAUUCCUCUGGAAUCCUUCUACAAGAAGACAUCAAAAGCUACCCAUUAUACCUGGAGAGAAUCGCAUGCAAUCCUGCACUCCCCGUGAAUUAGCUUACGGAUUUGGAUAUAACCCCACGACCGAAGAUUACAAGGUGGUAAGGAUUCGGCAGUGGGAUUUUUGUAAAGAUGACCUCUCUGAUAACUAUUGGUAUUCAGAGGUGAACGUCUAUGAACUAAGCACCAACUCAUGGAGAAGUAUUGGGAACAUGCCCUUACAACGCUUUCAACACCGAUUUGGGUUUCUUGUAAAUUCUGCAAUUCAUUGGCUUGCAGAGAGCGAGACAAUAGCUGACACUGUCUCCAGUACUGUUAUAUCCUUUGACUUUAAAGAUGAGGAGUUUCGAGAGGUGCCACUGCCUGACUUUGUUGAAGAUAAUUUUGAUAUGAGAAUUGGGGUUCUUGGAGUAGAACUUUGCGUGAUUUGUAAUUUCGUCGGGGUCCAUGUUGAGUUGUGGGUGAUGAAGCAUUAUGGCGCAAAAGAAUCUUGGGUGAAACAGUUCUCAAUUGAGCAAUCAGUGAUAGGGUCUUUUGACCAUUUCCGGCCUAUAUGCUAUUCAAAGAUCGGUGAAGUUUUAUUUGAGAAGGAUUCGAAAGAGCUGGUCCUGUAUGAUUCUAGUAGAGGAAGGGCUAAGAAUCUAAUUAUUAGUGGUGUUUAUGAAACAGCAACUUGCAUUGGGAGUCUUGUUCUACUCGAUGCCAAAGAUGGCCCAGAACAUGAAGAAAGGAACAAAAAGGAAACGGAACAGAGACUGAUGUUGCAUACAUUGGAAGACUGGAGAUAUUUCGAGGAUGAGGAAGAUGAAUAGGAAAACUAAAAGUAGGUACAUGAAGGGAAUUCUUGGUGCAAAGCAAUUGUUCCGCAUAUACUCUCAAAUGUUGAUGCGAUAUGAUUUAUUUUAUGCUUCAAGUUUCAUUGUAAUCCAUGAACAAUAAUUCAAAUUUCAAGAUAGGCUGCUGAAACCAACGGAUCGGGAUAAUGAAUUAUACAAUUUCAUAUACAAGCACAAGAUGUGCAGAUAUUUAAUUUCGGCUGACCUAAAAUAAAUUAGGAUAUCUUUCUCA